AUGGCCUGUUACGAAUCCUGCCGUCCCUGUGGACCCACCCCGCUGGCCAACAGCUGCAACGAGCCCUGUGCCCUGCAAUGCCAGGAUUCCCGUGUCAUCAUUGACCCUGCCCCUGUGCUGAUCACCCUGCCAGGACCCAUCAUGACCUCCUUCCCCCAGAACACCGCCGUUGGAUCCACCUCCUCGGCUGCCGUGGGCACUGAACUCAGUGUGCAGGGACAGCCCAUCUCUGGUGGAUUUGGUGGCUUUGGCUACGGCCUUGGCUAUGGCCAUGGAUUUGGCUACGGGCUGGGAGGCCUGGGCUGCUAUGGCAGAAGGGGUGGCUACAUCUGCUAAGGGCCCUUAGCAUCAACCCUGACACCAACCCCCAGCUCCCUGGAACACAUCUCAGGCAUUGAGGAUGCCUCUCUCAUCCAAGGCUCUCAGAUGGACUCAGAGCGCUUCCAGCUCCUGCUCUCAGGGCACCAAGCAAGGCAGUAGCCAAGGGGACAACCUGGGCUGCCUGCAAAUAUGGCCCAUCUGCCUCCUGCUCUUCUCCCACUCCUUGCUCUGCUUGGCCCCUUCAGUUCUGUCCAGCUGUCUCUGCUGCA